CAGAAAGAUUAACGUUAAAAUGCAAUAAUUUGCUGCUGUAUUGAAUAGUGCAAGUGUUGGUUCUAUAUUCUCUGUGUACCUAACUGAAAUGAGUGACCAACCGCAGUUAUUAGACCAGCAAGAGUGACUUGCCGACAAAAAUAAUAUAUAAAAAUAAACAACAAGCCAAAUAAUUCCUGGAAUUUAGUAAUAAAAAUAAUAAAGCAAAUUAAAGUGUGCAUAAAGAUAAGAUGAGAUGGUAGUGCUAUCUUCUUCUUCUCAUACCACGAUUCCACAUCCGACAUCUCAUAGCUUUUCUUUUUAGACAUGGCCAAAUCACUUUUCUUUUCCUUCUUAGUCGUCUCUCUUCUGCUUCUUCUUGCAGCGGCUUCGACAACUGCAGCUGCAGGGAACGCCACAAGUGGGUUGAGAUAUGGCGGAUGUGCUCUCAGAGACACCAUUGGAGAAUGCAUAACGGCGGAGAUUGAGGAGGAUGGAGUUGAGGAUGUGGUGCGGCGGAUUCUGCGACAACAGGGGAGGAACUUAGGCUACUCAGCUCUGCAGGGGCAGAAGGCAGCUUAUAAAUGUAAGAUUGCUGGUAGUUGCAUCGGAAAAGUUAAUCAGAAAAACGCAGCUUGCACUUACUUCACCAGAUGCAAACGUGCCACUAGCUAAUAUGUUGUGUUAUUUUCUCUCUUAAUUAUGUGUGUUUUGUGAUCUUCUAUUGUUUUUUAAAAACUUUUUUUAUGAAUCUAUGCAACAUCAAGAACGUCUGUCGGUUGAAUUAAAUGUCUAUCCAAUUUAAUGCAAAAACAUUACUUAUAAACUGAA